UCAUGAAUAACAUUUAAUUUAGCCCACGCAUUUUUUUACAAACAAACAGCUAGCUAGUCUGGUAUCCUGAAUUGGCUUCAGUUUCUGGAUCAACCACAGAUUGCAAGUCGUAUCAAGACAUAAUGGCAUCGCACUCAGUAGACCCUCGAUACUAUUCUAGUAACAGUUGGACACCAGGACAACCGCCAAACAUUGCGGGAAGUAAGGCUCCCCCACCUCUUCCACCGAGACCCCCUGACUUACCAGAUUUGCCGCCACCACCUAUUCCCAACACUCCUCGUCCCAACCUCAAUAUAUCGCAGACUCUUCAAUACCCUGGCAGACACGAGGUGUUCACUUUGCCUGAGCUGGUGGAAAAACAUCAAAACCUGUUUCCUCUCAAAGUAGUAGUUGCCAAGGGUCAUUACGGAGAUAGAGGAGAAGAUUCGGUCAUAGCAACAGAUGAAGUCUACAAUAUCCAUUUUAUCAAAAGAUCAAAGGUGUUCACUGUCAAGGACAAAGUUGGAAAUAAGUACAUUUUGCCUCUCAACUCAGCAUGUAAGUUUGGCCUCUACUACCAGAAAGGAACACGCUACUUUGACACUGUGGAAGAUGUGAUGAAGGCCUCUCCUCUUCCUAGUGUGAUAGCUGCUCAGUGUAGUCAUUCUAGUGGGAAUGAAAAGACCAGUGUGUCCAGACUAGAGAUUCUUGUGGUGAAGGGAGUCAGCAAGGGCCGGAUCGGUCGCAAGUCCAUACUCAAUGUUUUCAGCAUCUCAAAGAGACAGGACAAACAGCUCACAAAAGAAAUAGUUGGAAGAUUCACAACUGACCCUUCCUAUGCACCUAUGUACCUUUCUGAUCUGGUCAAGUACGUCCCCUUUGAAUUUCCACUAGCCAUCCACUUCUACCCUGACUAUGAGACAGAGGAUCAGAGUUCAAAUUACUUGAAGUCAUGUGAGAAAAUGACCAUCAUAAAGGAGUUCAUCGAGACCUCGGUUGUGACCAGUCCACUGUUAGAGGAUGACGGUGACGAUGACGAUGAUUGCAUGGAGCUCAACGAACGUGUUGUGGACAUACCGCUGAGCCUCCCUAUUGAAGUAAGUGUCUUGCCUCCUGAAGAAGACGACACUGAUGACUAUGAGCAGCUGUAUGAGACCACAAGAACCUUGAUAUCUGGCUAUAACCCAGUCCUGGGAAAGACACUUCGAGAUGCUAGUGAUGAUUACAGUUACGCCACUCAGACACAAAUGUUUUCUGCUGUCCGAAAAGGUUUUGAGAAUGAAGGUCUAAAGAUUGAGAUGCCGGCAGUUAUCAGUUCUAGCAGUGUUCCUACACCAAGGUUGCCUACAGCCCAUAAGCCUGCUGCUGAGUCAUACGAGGACAUUGAACACUUACAGUUUUCCAUGCCUCAACGUAGACAAGAUGCAGAAAGUUCCCCAAGAGGUGGCUCAGACCAAUUGGACAGUUCUAUGCCACUUGGGAACAAGAGGAGGUCCAUGUAUCAACCACUAGUUAAAUCUCCUUCUCAUGAUGACUAUCAAGAUAUGGACCUACCACAGGCUCACGACUCGAGGCAAUCAUCUAUGUCACCAUCUCGAAGCUUUGACAGUAGCAUUACUCCACAGCCACCCUCAACCUACAAGGCGGCCCCCUCCGUACCCCCGCGAAGAGCAGCCACAUUCAGAGAAAUCCACGGAGGAGGAUUGAACUCCACACCACCCCCACCUGUGGGUCCGAGGAAGAUAUCACUGCCAACAGGAAGUGCUUCAAGUGCUGAUGGAGUGUUCCAUGCUAAACAUUCCCUUCCACCUCCACCACCCCCUGAGUCAGCACUUUCCCGACUGCAGGAAUCAAUGGACUCUCUCGUACUCAAAAUAAAAUUACUGGAAUCAACAAAACCUCAAGAUGAUUCGUUUGAACUGAGGCAGCAGAUAGACUCCCUCUCUUCUGUGACUCAGAUCCUCCAAAGCACUUGUAGCUCACUAUCAAAUGAGAUAAGUGGAUUGAGGAAAGACAUGGACACAUUAAAGACCCAGGUCAAUGAAAUUUCAAGUAAUGGAGGAAAUAGCUUUUCUAGUAGCACUACUCUGCCGAGCCUGAAUUGUGAUCAGGUAAUUACACUGCUUGAAGCUAUGGGUCCAUCUCUGGCCAGGUACAAAGAAACUUUUAGUCAGGAGGACAUUGAUGGUGAUUUGCUGGCAUUGUGCACUGAAGAGGUUCUUGAAAAUGACCUUGGUAUAAAACAUAAGCUUGAUAGGCUGAAGCUAAUGCAAGUGAUACGGGGCACAAAGUCUGUGGAGAGCAUCAUGCAAGGAGCAUACGUUCAAUUCGAAUUUAAUUCAGGGACCAAAGUUCCACAGUGAUAAUAACAAUAACUUUUUAUUGUCGCCACACAGAUAAUUUUAUAAUGCAGUAUAAUAUACAUAAUUUACAUGUC